AUGGAUAGGAAAAAUAAUAUAUAUAACAGAGACAAGGUAUCUAAAGCAUUGUCGGCUUUAUUGACGGCCGUUUGCGAUGAUCCCUGCGACGCGGCCCAUUGGUGCAGGCUCCAAUGUUUUUUCGCAUUUGUUUUGUUCAAGCCCACCAGGGGCGGUCGCAGGACUAAUCAAGCCAAUUACGUUAUUAAACGGUUGGCCGAAUUCAGUUCGACCGAGGUCGAGAUUAUUGUGGCAAGCUUCAACACUGACCACAACACCAAACCGCGUAAGCACAAUCCAAACAGUUGGAUUAGUGCAGUAACCACUCGGAUUGAACAGGGCAGUCUCUCGGCGGCCGUCAGACUUGCUUGUUCGCCCGCAGGCCUGGCGGAGAGCUUGCCUGAGACACUCGCUAAACUCAAAGCUAUUCAUCCCAGUGCUCCAUUGAACAGGCGAGCUUUCCCCGCUCAGGAGCCGUCCAAUGGUCGCGUUUCACCAGCCCAGGUGUUGACGGCUUUAAAAUCGUUUAAUAAUGGUUCAUCGGGAGGCCUUGAUGGCUUGAGGCCUCAGCACAUAAAGGAUUUACUUUCCGGUCCGACGCCCACCGAUGAAUUGUUAAAUAACCUCACCGGUUUGUAA